CUGUGAUUCCCCAUGUAAAGCACAAGACAAAAGCUUUCACCACCAGUGUCAAAGCCUCAUGACUAAGGGACCAUUUGAGAUUGUAGAACUAAAACAGGAGUUGUCUCUUCGUAAUUUGAAAACGAAAGGGAGUAAGGCUGAACUCUUGGCAAGGCUGGUGAAGGCUUACGAAGAUGAAGAACAUGAAGACAGUGUGGAUGAAGAAACUGCCUUUGAAGACAUUGAGUCUGAUGUCUUUGGUACAAGCUCCAAGGAAGAGGAGUUGGAUGUACUUGAGGAUGAAGAAUCUUUGCAAGAACAUGUCCAAAAUCCCCUGACUCCAGUACCUCAAGUGGUCUCCGGACCAGGCGUUGGAAAUUUGUGUUCCAGGCAGUCAGAAAAACUGAGCAUUAAAACUGUAGCAUCAAUGACGAAAGAAGAGCGGCUUAAAAAGAGAACGGAAAGAUUCGGCAGACCUGUCAGUGAUCAAGCAAAGAAGGAAGCCCGAGCGGCUCGGUUUGGCAUUCCAGUUUACGGUGGCACAGAAAUUAAACAAAAUACUGUUUCUCAAGAAAAAUUAAAGAAGAGAAAGGAACGAUUUGGAAUUGUGAUGGAUACAACAAGUCUGCUUGAUAAUCAGGCCAAGAAAAGGAUGAGAGCCGAGCGCUUUGGAAUAAAUCUGAACUAAACAUUGACACAAUGUUGAAGUACUGUGGGUGUUUAGAAUUUAAACUGAGGGGGGAUAAAAAGACUUGCUGACACUAAAUAUUGUCAUUGUUAAUUAAAACAAGGAAGUGCGGUCAUGCUUUUCACUGUUCUGUUUGCAUGUUUGUUUAGGAAGUUAUUUUUAUUUUUUUUAGUUAGUGUAGUCAAAA